AGGUACCUACAUAAGAACUAAAUAUUUGUUUUCUUAUUGCCGUUUAACGCAGUAGCUUACCUACCUUGUAAGUUGAUCAUGAUAUUUGUAGAUAUACCCACAUUAAAGCACAAAUACAUUACCAAAUGUCAUUCAAUACUUAAGUACUUAAUAACAAACACAAUAAUAAUAAAAUGAUAAACAUACAAAAUAGAUUCAUCCAUCUAACAGUUCGGAGAGAACAUCGAUCGACUCAUUGGAGUUUCGCCAUGGGAAUGGGAGGUGCAAUGAACAGAUGCGGUCGGUGCAUGAAGAUCUCGCUAAUAUGCAUCAACGUAGUCACUUUUCUUGGCGGCAUAAUAGCCCUGGCAGUCGGCCUGUGGGUAUGGAUAUCCCGGUCCUUCUCCAGCACACUGAUGAGCAACAACAUGUUCAUAGCAUCAGUGGUGGUAGUGGUGGCCAUGGGAGCUGCCCUUAUGGUGCUGUCCAUCCUCGGCUGCUGCGGUGCCGCUAAGGAGGUCAAAUGUAUGCUGCUCACGUACUACAUCCUGGUCUUCAUAAUUUUCGUGGUGAUGCUGGUAGGCGGGAUCUUGCAGUUUGUCUUCCGAGAGAAGGUGAUGACAACGUUAGACCGAGAGUUGUACGCAUCUAUACCAUACUAUGGAGUCAGGCACGAGUACACAAAGUCUUGGGAUGACACGCAGACGUAUCUUCAGUGCUGUGGCGUCAAAGGAUACAAGGAUUGGAACGAUAAUGUGCCAGAGAGCUGUUGUCGAGAAGUGUAUCCAGGAAAGAGGAUGGACUGUAAAGCGUCUCCGAACCCGACUACAAUGUAUGUGGAAGGAUGCUUAUCCAAAGUGACUGACUUCUUGAGAGAAGACGCCGUGUACGUUGGUACUGUCGCUGUCAUCAUAGCUCUAAUUAUGGUAAAUAUUGUAUUUAAGCAUUUAAACUUAAGACUAAUGCCAAUAAAAACUGUUGUAGGUAAAUCCUCCGCUAACGCCGGUCACCGGUGA